UUGGAAACCCACUGUGCAUGCCAUUAGUUGUACUACAUUGCGUGUUUGUCAGUCGUAAAAAUUAAGGACAUACACUUUAUUUAUUUGAUGUUCAUUUUUUUGGACUGUAUCAUGCUCAUCUCGAAAAGUGUCGUUUAUCACCCAAUGACAAUAUAAAUUUAUUGACAAGUCGACCGUUUGUUCAGAAGGACUAUAUAAUGCUCUCACAAUUCACAUACUGGCGUGUCAUUCUGACAUGAUGUUUUGAAAGGCAGGCGUUUACUAGACGGUCAUCGAUUUCCAUAUUUGUGUUUUAUUCUAUGACUGUUAUCUCCAUCAGAAACAUCGUAACUCGAGGUUUUGUCAAUGGCAUGUGCACAAAAUCAGCGCAGUCACGUCGACAGGAAACUUCAUACUUGUCACGCUUCUUGUAAACAUUUUCAUGGAUGUUCCUGAAGCAAAGACAUGAUUUUUUAGCAGCAUUUGAACACAUUUGCAUGGACAAAAUCGAGAAAUCAUGUCAAACGGAUACUACAGGCUUGUUACAUUUCUUAUCAACAUUUGCACGGACGUGCUCAAAGAACUUUUCCUUGAUCAAGCACGAAAAGAUACCACAGCAAGUUUCACUUCUUUGGACGGAUAUCUGGCUAUCAAGAAGAACGACAUCGAUGCAUUAAAGAAAAAGAAAGUCAUACGAAAGGACCAAUAUGACUUGCUCUUUCCGGUUGUUGGUUUAUGUGAUGAAACUUCAUGGGACAUUUCGCUGUUCUAUGCUCUUAUUGUCAAUAUUCAUUGCACGUCUGUUGGAUCUGUUAGGAAAGAUAUUGAAACGAUCAGAGAAAUACGAAACGGAAUGCAACACAUUGCAAAUAUUGCUAAGAUAAAUGAUUCAGACUUUGAGCAAAAUUGGAAAAGACUAACCGAUUCUACCUUGUCAAUUGCCAACUUUGUCAAGGGAAAACCAUAUGAAAACAUCGUUAAGGCCAAAGUAGAUCUCACGAUGAUUAGCUACUUGCCGGAACUUGGUAACACUCUUAGUAAAUGGCACAUAAGUACCACUAACGAACUUCAGUCAGUAAUUUACAACCUGAAAGAACAGGUCGAAUCCAUGAAAAAUGAUGUUUCUACAUCAGCGACAAUUCUCUCGUCCACAUGUGAAAAAAGGCCGUCUUGCAAUACCAGUGGGAAGCCAAAUAAGCGCUUUAAAACUGUAUCACAGUCUCUUGACAGGCUUUUUGAUGAUUUCAGGAAAACCAUGAAUGCUGAACAGUUUGAGGACUUUUAUCCGCCGGAUGAAUGUGCAGAAAUCAGACGCAGAGUAGCAGCAGAUAGAUUUGUUGUUAUAACAGGGUAUGGAAAAUCUUUUUACCUCAGGACUGCUCUUUACGUUGUAAAAGAAUUGGAUGAGUACAAGCAGGAGUUUUGUGCAAUGAUAUCUGAUCCUACCGAUUGGAAACACAUUGAACCAAAAGAACUAAAGCUGGUUUUGUUCAAUUGCCCGUUUGGAGAGACAGAACCAAACAAAAGGAAGACAAGAGCAAUGCUCGAUAUUCUUAACAAUGUCCAGUUGACGACAAAAGAUUCUGAAUGUCCGUUGGUAGUCAUUGUCGUAACACAAUGGGAAAUUAUGCAAACAGCAUUGAAGAGUGUCGGUAGCCAUCAUGGAUUACUUGAUGAGCCAGUUAAAUUGUACAAAGAAAACAACGAACAAGAACCGGAAAUUAUUGACGACGGCGUCCAAAACCUGAUCGUGGGAACAAAAGGAAAGUCAAUGAAGACAAUGAUUGAAAUAACAAAAUCCUACCGGGAAGAUUACAGCUAUCCGGUCAGUGAAGAAUCUGUAAAGUCUGUUCGAGUGAAAAUGAAAGGAAGUAAGUUUGUGCUAAUUAGUGGUAAACGGAGAGACGUGAAUACAGCUGUUGCAUUGCGUCUUGCUCAAGAUUAUGAUGACAGAAGAUUUGUCAUUGUUCGAAACAAGUCUGAUAUUUCUAACAUUGAUCUGCAAAACAUUUCUUUGCUUAUGGUAGAAGACAUAGCAGGAAAGUAUAAGUAUGAUGAUACGCGACUUGCAAACUGGCUAGAGACAUUUGACUCUUUACUCUCAUUGGUGCGAAAAGGCAAGCUCAAUUUGGUCGCCACAAUUGAAUCUGAUAAGAUGGAAAGAGGCAAAAAUGAACUUGGGCUGCAUCCAAUCUUUAGACAUGAAGUCCAGGUAUCACCGAGUGAUUCCAUUUGUGUCAAGCAAGAAAUGGACAAUCCAUUUGCUUCAAUACCAACUCAAGAACCAACAAGCAAAGGCACUACGGUGACAUCCGGAGCACCAAACUCAAACAGUUCUGUUAAUGAUUCAGAGCAUACAGGUGAAGAGUCAGAUGAUAAGUAUGAUGCGUCAGAUGGUGAGCCUAAUUCAGGUCCAGUGAAAGUUUUAGACAAUGCAGAUGCUGAGUCAAAUGAUGAGCAUGGUGUGUCAGAUUCUGGGUCAAAUGAUGUGAUCGUUGUGUCAGAUACUGAGUCAAUUGAGUAUGCUGUAUCAGAUGAGGAGUCAGAUGAUGAGUCAUUUGAUCUUACAUGGAGUUCUCUCCCGGUGGUUUCCCAGAAUCAUACAAAUGUUGCUUAUCAAGCACAAGCGUCUUCUCAUCAUGGGAUACCUUCUCUUGGGUUUGUUAAGAACUUGAGCAUAGAUCCAUUAAUGGUAAAUUGUAUAACAAUACUCUCUGAGAGAUGUUUGGUCGUUUCUACACACAGCAGUAUGGUAUACAGUUACCACCGACAACAAGGCAUAAUAGCUCAUAACGUAGAGCUAGAAAGCGUUGUACAACAAUUGACAACAGUAGAUGAGAAUAAGGUAGUUGGUACUUUACCCUCUUCUGGUAAUGUAGUAGUGAUCAAUGUUUCAAAUACAGGCGUGCUGACAAUAUUAAAAACAAUAGAUGUUGGCAUGUCCUGUUGUGGAAUAGCACACAGUAGUGGACAUUUGAUCAUUUCCUAUGAUUCAGGCUAUGAAGUACGCAUAAUGGACAUGGAUGGAAAUGUGGAAAGAACGUUCAGUGUAGAACAGGGUAUAUCUCGCAAUCCAUUUCUGUCUCUUUGUUCAAAACUUGCGUUGAGUCCAAACCAUGAUACCAUUUACAUAUAUAACCGUAAUAAUGCCGCGGUGACUGCACUGACACGUGAAGGUCGUAUUCUCGGUGUGGUGGAGUUGAACACGUUUACGUUGCCAAGUAGUAUUGCUGUGGACUCUGUAGGUCGUGUGUAUGUGUGGUGUUUGAAUUCCAACAGUCCAUUGCUUGUGUCACCAGAGAACGGUACCGUUACCACGUUAUCUGUAGUGGGGAGAAAUAGUACACGAUCAGAAGAUGCGAGCUUCUGUAAAUGGACUAAUAGCAUCUAUGUUGCAGGUAUACUUGGAGUUCGUGUAUUUAAAAUCAAUGACUUAUAAACGUUAACUUUAAACGAAAUAUGUUUCAAUCAUUUAUUCAUUGGUUUUCAAACAUGUGUAUACAUGCGUAUAUAUACAUGAAUAUGUACAUGAAUCUAUAAAAAACGUCUAAUUCAAAUAUUAUUUUACUCUAUCGUUUAUAUUGAACAAGUUCACACUGACUGAGAUUCUAUGCAAAUGAAAUGAAUGCAACAAACCAAGACAUUAUUUCCCAACAACAAAGAGUUAUUUUAAGUAUAUCGCAAUUGCAUUCAAUAUUAAACUCGGAUGUGUUUUGAAAAUAUCGCAACAAAAACAGAUUAGAGUCUGUAAACAAUAUUCAAAUUGUUUAAUAACUAUAUUUUUAACAAAAGUGUACAAAUGUGUCCGAGAAAAAUAUAGUUAUAAUUGUUUGAAUACAAAUCUUUUUCUACUGUUCAUACUUUAAACCAAAGGUCAAAUAGCGUUCAGUAUCUAAACAAAAUUGAUUUUUUGUGUGUUUUUUUGAAAAAAAUAACAAUAACAAAAUGGAAAAAAUCUAGCUUCUUUAAGUACUUCAAAUAUAAUCUUUUGAAAUUUCUACAUUUCAAUACAUGUAUAGAAUAUAAUGCAAUCUGCUUUGUUUGUGUCGUUACAAUAUCACUCUUUUGUAAAUAGUAUAGGUAAUUCAUAUCAAUUGUACCCAUUGAUUGUGUGAUGCAUGGUGAUAUGAUUUUAUAAUGAAUGCAGAUGAAUAGAUUGCAUUUUAGAAAUGAAUCUUCAGCACAUAUUUGUUAAGUUUUCAAAUAUUGAUAAAUAUUGACACAACUUUGAGGUUGAAUGCUAAUAACCUAGUUUAACACUCUCUCUAUUAUUCAAUGUUGAGACAAGCUUGCGGUUGAGCGCUCAUGUACUAGUUUAACACCCCAUGGAAGUCAUGGCCUCAUUUUCUCGAAAUAUCUUAUCAAUAACACUCGUAAAAGCUUAGUUCAAUACGUUUCAUAGUUUGUACAAAUUGUGCUAUUUCAAAGUUUCUCCAUCUAAAUAGUUUCGAGAUUUUUAACAUACUUUUUUUAAGAUAAUCAUGGUAAACCAUGUUUUGGUAUAUAAAAAUAAGUUCGAGCAAGUAAUUUAGCUUCAUUGAAUAUCAUAUUUUAACCAGUUACGUUUAUGACAUUUCGAGAAAAUGGGGCCUGUUUUGCUGAUCGUUUCAUAAACAAAAACAAUAUAACCCAAGCAUUAAUCAAUGAAAUAUGUUAUAAUGCAUGUGUGGUCCUUACGUUGUCACCAUAUAUAUGGACAUUUAUUUCUGUAUUCUUAUAUUACAUUUUUUUUAUUGAUGUCUUUAUUCUUUUUGUACAUUAUUUUUAUCUUAUUACAUCCCAAACACAACGGUAAUUCAUAAGAUAAUUGUGAAAUGCUUAGUGCAUAUUAUGCCGCUGUGCUUGAUGUUUUAUUUAAUAGUUCAAUUAUUCGCUAAUUUAACCAUUUAUUACUCUCCGUAGAGUGUUCGACCGACUAAAUUUGUAUAAGUACAUGUUGAGUUGAAAAUCAGUUUUCAAAAAUAACAUUCGGAUCUCUCACAAUUUAAUCUGAGAAAAAUCACUCUUAUACCCAAUUAAGGUCAUUGUGGUUGCUACUGGUAAAUGAAUAAUGUUAAGUUAAACAUAAAAUACACUCUCGAUUAACACUUACGGGCCAUUUAUUCACUUAGAUUAUUCCGCAAUCUUUCUUUACUGCUAGAAAAAUAAUCAUGUUGUUAUUUUUGCAUCGGAAUAAAUACUGACAGCUAUCGAGUACAUGUGAAAACCCUUAAGACUAAAUGAAAUGAAAUUCGGUGGAUGUAAGAAAAUUGUUUUACAGCCCAUUUCCAGAAAUAUGCUAUCAUUAUUGAAACAAAAUGGGCGAAUGUUGGAAAUAAUAGAAUAAAAUACUGUGAACAAUGAGGAUUUAUUAGAUUUAGUGCUCUUCAUAACUAAUUAUUCAACAUGAUUAUAUGCUGUAUAUCUUUGGCAUUGGGAUGAAAUGCAAGUUAAAUUGUUGAGAUUUUGUCUAUGACCAUUGAAUGAGUGAUUUUUGUGUACUUUGUGAACAAACAUAGUUAAGUUUAUUUUUCUAGUUAAACUUAAGUCAUGAAUGUCUGACAUGAAUGUUCUAAAAUAAAGAAUAGAAAAAUAA